AUGGCCCCCCCUGCGCCGACCUUUGGCCUUGACGUCGACGCCAUCUCCGGCAUUUGCGGAUCGAUAUCCAUUGCCUGCUGGGUUGUCGUCUUCUCGCCUCAGAUCAUUCAACAGUUUCGACAGGGAAACGCCGAUGGCUUGUCGAUACAAUUCAUCAUCAUCUGGCUGCUGGGAGAUGUCUUCAACAUUGCUGGAGCGGUCCUGCAGGGAGUCCUUCCUACCAUGAUCAUCCUCGCAAUAUACUAUACCCUGGCCGACAUUGUGCUCCUGGGCCAAUGCUUCUAUUACCGCGGAUUCACGUGGCGCGACGAGGCGCCAUCUCCUCGUAAGCCCGCCGCCAGGGAACCCGACGAGCGGACUACACUUCUCCCCGGCGACGCUCUCGUCGAGCCCCGCGCAUCAGACUGGACGGGCCUCUCGCCUGCCGUUGACCACGUCUCCGAGGCUCCGGAGCCGCGAGCGCCGCCGAGCGCACUGCAGUCGGCCGCGUGGAAUGCAACUAUUGUCGCCAUGGUGUGCGCCGCCGGCGUCUUCGGCUGGUUCCUCGCGACGGGCGGCAGGGCCACUUCAUCCGACCGAGGAGCAGACGACGGGCUCGAGCUCGACGUGCUGGGCCAGGUCUUCGGAUACCUGUGCGCCGUCGCGUACAUUGCGUCGCGCAUGCCGCAGCUCGUCCUGAACUGGCGCCGCAAGACGACCGAUGGCCUGAGCAUGCUCUUCUUCCUGUUUGCCUGCUUGGGCAACGUGACGUACGUGUUGUCCAUCUUUGCCUACGACCCCAAGUGCCCAGGCAGGACCUGCGCGCCGGGCGAGGCUGCGCAGCUGUACGGCCGCUACAUGCUCGUCAACUUGAGCUGGCUGGCGGGCAGCUUGGUGACACUGCUGAUGGACUUGACUGUCUUUGUGCAAUACUUUGCCUACAGGACCGACAACGGCCAGGGGCAGCCGCGCGAGCAGAACGGGCGGCGAGACGGGGCGAGUCGCGGUGAGGAGCGCUGGGAUCGGCCGCUGCUUGAGCGAUCCGACACGAGCAAUUGA